AUGGACGACGUCGACGCGUUACUGGAGGCAGCACAAGGCCAGCUCAACAGCUCGCUCUCCAACCGGGACUACGGCGCGGCGCUGCGGAGCUUGGAACGGCUCAAGGCCGCGAUUUUGGGCGCCGAGGACGUCUCGGCGAGCGAGGCCGAGGCCGACGACGCUUCGGUGCCGUCGACGAGCGACUGGUCCGAGACCGACGACCAGGCGCGCCAGAGCGUGGCGCUGCGGCCCGUCGCGUCUCUAUCUGUCCAACCGGACACUUCCGUAUCAACGGAGACGGCGCUCGUCGUGUCGUCGGAGCACUCAGAAGACGUCGACUUCGUCUCGGACGCGGCGUCGCUGCGCAAGGUGCUGGGCCUCGCGAGCGGCUCGAAUCAAUCGAUCGCGCUGCACCGCCUCGGCGGUGCUUUGGUGCUCGACGCGGGCGUCGACGACGCCUGGGGCGACGUGGACCCCGAGACGGGGGAAGUCAUCGUCUGCGCCCGGCCCCGGGCUCUACAACAAGGUUCGACGACGACGAAGGGCCCUUUGUUACUGGAGGACGGCGUCCACCUGGUCGAAGAAGAGCGGGAUGAGGACUAUACGCGCGUGCGGCGCUACGCCAUGGACGGCCUCGAAUUACUACUAGGAUCGGAUACUGUGGUUUAUGGCCGCGCGGACUCGUCGACGAAGAUCGGCGUCCACGAUUUUGAAGAGGGGACGACCAUAACGGAAGCGCGGUCACUGGACAUGUGGCUCGAGAACACGAUCGGGGGCUGCGACGAGUGCGCCAUCUGUUAUCAUAGAGAUGGCGAGGUGUCGGGCUAUCAGUUGCUCAAGACCGAGGCGCUGCCCUCGUUCUGCGGCGGCGAUUCCGGUGUUGCUUUAGCGACGAUGGCUAGGGCACGCUCUAUCUUGGAGUUUGUGAAGAGAAAUUGCACGGACGACGCCGCGACGUACUGUCUGACGAGGGGCGAGGGCGCCACGCUACAAUUGUGGCGCGUCGAGUCGCAGCGAGCGACGACGCCGUUCGGGCGCGCGUGUGCGUUGCUGUGCCUGAGGAUCGCGCGGCGGUGUACUGAUGAUUUGGAACGGCGGCGGCGAUUAUUGGAUAGGUGCGUCGCGCUCGCGGAUGCCAAGCGGGACGCCGCCGUCGUCGCCGAGGCGCACCUGCUCGUGGCGAGAACAUACUCUAUUGAAGACGAUUUUGUCAUUGAGAAGGCGGCGUGGCGCGUCGCCUCCCCUUCAUCAAAACCCUGCCGCCUGGACACCUUCGACGACGAGGAGGAUGAUGAUGCGGCGCUCAAGCGCGUGUCCGCGGGCCUCUCCGUUUUGAGAAGAGCGCAGCGGCGGAAGGCGUCUUCAGAAAAUAAGGCGCUGGAGAAGAACUUGAGGGUGUGCGGCGCCGCGGCGCGCCUGGCGCUCGCGUCGCGGGCCUCCCGGCGGCACCGGCCGGGUUUGGUGUUGCGGCACCUCGCGCUGGCCGGGCAGCUGGACCCGGCGACGGCCGCUUCGGCGGUGUUCCGUUUGAGGUUAGCGAUGGCCUACGCGCUCUGUGCGGCCGUCGUGACGGCCGAUAAUUUAGCAAAGCACCGCGCCGAUCUCAAUCCCACAUCAAAAGUGAAAGCGCGGGCCGACGACUCGUCCGACGAGGACCAGCGGCGGCGGCGGCCGGUCAAGGGCCCGCCGGCGAAGUUGCGGGGCGACCUGCCGGUCGACGUCGGCGCCGACGUCGAGACGAACCUGAGCCGCGCCGUCAAGGCGCUGCUCGCGGCGCUGCGCGGCGACGACGGGCGGUGCGACGAGAGCGAGGCCGUCGCGCUGGCGUCGUGCCUGCGCAUCGCUUAUACGGCUCUCGGCGAGCACUAUUUGACGGUUGCGCGGGUCACGAAGGCGGCGAGGCAUUUCUCGGAGGGCGUGCAGUUGUUUCGUGGAUUAGGAGAUGCCCAAACCGCCGCGUGGCUGCGGGGCCGCCUCGCCUUCGCCCAGGCCACGGUCGCGGCGCGCGACGGCGGCCCGUCGCCGCGGAAGCACCUCAAGGCGCGCGCGGCGGUCGGGUCGCUGGUCGAGGCUUUGCAGACCUUCGCAGACAUGGUGUCUGAUGAAGACUCUGGUGCCGCGACGCCCUUUCCCGGCGUCGCGACCAUCAGCGCGAAGCACGCGCUCGGCGAGGCCAAGCGCGGCGCGGCGCGGGCCUCCCUGGCUUUGGCGGUCAUGGCGCCGCCGCAGGACGCGCCGGCUGCAUUAAUGACCGCGGCAGAGCUCGCCGCCGACGCGGACGAUAGUGAGACGGCGGCCGACGCGCACUACCGCUUGGCCUCGGGCGGGAGCGGCGAUGCAUUAAUGCACCUCCAACAGGCCACGGCCUUCGCCGACAAAGCUGCUCAGGAGUCGCAGAGUCGCGCCCGGGCCGUCGACGCUUUAUCGACGCGCUGCGACCUCGCCACCGUGCUUCUGAGAGAUACCAAUCCGGAGGCGGCAGCAAAGGCCGUCCAGGCCGUGCUCGGCGCGGAGAAGACGCUCGCGCUCGCUCUGUCGUUGCCCGAGUCCGUGGGCCGCGACCGCGCGACGGCCGGAGCCUUACCUCUCGUCGCGCGGUCCCUGCUCGCGAAGCUCGCCGAGUCCCUGAAGCGAUGCUGUAGGGCGUCGAGCGACGGCGCGGCCCUGAAGAAGGCCUACGGCGCGGCGCUGCGGUUAGGCGCUGACCUCGCGGCCGGCGACGAGCCGCGGCUGUGUGGGCUGCUCCACGACCUAUCUUCGGAGCUAGCCACA